AUGGAUCACCUCCAAACCCCGCGUAUCCUCGCCCCACAUCUAUCCAACUUCCAGCACAAGCUCGUCCGCAUCCUGGGCAAAGUCGUCGAACUACGCGGCGAAACCGCCGUCAUCGACGCAGGUGGCAACGUAGACGUGAUCCUGAACAGGGAUUGCCAUCUUGCCGUCGGCCACGCCGUCGAAGUCAUUGGCAAGGUAGACGGCAACCUACAUGUAAAGGUGCAGGCUGCGACCGAUUUUGGGACGAACAUCGACUUCAACGCCGUACAGGCCGUGGUGGAGGCGACGCAUCGGCAUAGGGAGAUUUUCUAUGAUGCGGAUUGA